UGGCGUCAUGCGCAUGCGCGGUGAUGUAGCGAAGACCAGAAAGAGCUACUGUUCACUCAGACUAUCAUUUGUGGCGCAGUUAGUGUCCUGUGUUAGUUAGUUCACCUGGUGCUAGGGGAAAAAUGAUUUGAAGAAACAUAGAAAGUUAUUGUUUGGUUGUGACACUGUGUUACCAAGGGCCUGGAUACUCUUCGAGAGCUGGCGAUAAGAGAGAAAAUCCUCUCUCGUGACGUCACUUAUCAGCUGAGAAAUGGAGGAAUCGAGUCAGGCAGUCACCCACGCGAUAAGCGAUGGCGUCGUGACCUUCAACCCAGCCCUGAAGCGGUACACCUGCACAGUCUGCGAAGUGGCACUCUCAGGAGGCACUGACGUCGCGAAACACCUCAAAGGCUCCAAGCAUCGUGAGGCCGGUGCCAGGUACGCCGUCUCGAAGCCGUCAGAAGCACCGCAAUCUCUAAAGAGCCUCCUGACGCCCACUGUGCUCGAGGCGGCCGUGGGUGGAAUGGUAACCGUCACGCCAAAGAAGGUCUUCGAGUGUCGCAUGUGCAACGUCCAGCUUUCGGGCUUGGUGCCUCUGAAGAGCCAUUUAGUGAGCGACGUUCACAAGAAGAAGGUCGAGGCGCAGAGGAUGACGGGCAGCACAGCUAUUAAAUUUACCCCGACAUCUGUCUCUUCAUUAGGGGCCCAGGCUCCCCAGAUAACGCAAAGCCCUCCCAUCUUCCAGGCCACGGCUGCGACGCAAGAGAUUCCGGGCUUCCACGCCCUGUCCGAUGUGCAGGGCUUUUCGGUCGUCCAGUCGCCAACUGCCGUGCAGGGCGUCUCUCUUAUCCAGACCCCAACCAAGCUCCAAGACGUGUCCCUCGUUCCAAGUCUUUCAGCCAUCCAAAGCAGCUCAAACUUUAGGACUUCUUUACCUGAGCCGGGAAACGCCGGCUUCACAGCGCCCACGCCUACAGCCCCAAGGUUUCAAAUCACUGACGAAGAAGUUAAGAAAUAUGCUGCGGUUUUCGGCACAGAACCAUCCUCAGGAGGUUUCGCUGCUCCUUCCAAUCAGCAGCAGCCUUUGCAGGCCGAGGAGGAAGGGGAACUCGACAAAGCCUUCCGCGAGAAGCUGGUGAUCCAGACGGACAACGCUGCUGAACCCUUUUCGUGCAUUGUCUGUCAGAAAAGGUUCAACAGCUCCUACACACUAUCAGACCAUCUGAAAAGCAAAAAGCAUAAGAAAAAGGAAAUGGAAUUGGAUCUACAAAUGCGAAAACAGAGCGAGCAGGAAGAUCCUCCUGUAAACCAGAUGCAGGAGGCGAACCAUGGCAAAAGUAGGAGCAAAUACUCAGUAGCGUCCUUUCCCCGCGGCUACGUCUAUGUCUUCAACAACACCUUCGACGGCCAAGGGAAAAGCCAGCGAACAGGCGCCAAGUUUGACUCACUGAACAUCCAUGAGACCUUCAGGAAGAUGGGCUACGAUGUGUUUAUCCUUGAAGACCUGACGAAGGCGCAGACCCUCGAGGCCUUCAAGAACAUUCGUGGCAACACCAACCUGAGUAAAGUGGAUGCUUUGAUCAUUUUCAUCUUGAGUCACGGCGUCGGCCCUUACACCUUCAGGGCGAACGAUGGCCAAGAAAUCUCUCUCCACAAGAUCCGCUUCAGCUUCACCAACCGCGGUUGUCCGUACAUGAAGGGGAAGCCAAAGAUCUUCUUCACUAACUACUGUCGCGGCGAGCAGAUGGAGAAGCGGGAGGUGGACAGCGUGGAAGUACCCUGCGAUAUGGUCACGAUUCACGCCGCCGUCGAGGGCAUCAUGGCACACAGACUGAAGUCCUCGGGCACGGUGUUUGUUAAGUGCCUCUGCGAAGUGCUGAACAAACACGCCCGCAACAUGGAGCUCAGGGAACUGUACGGAGAGCUCGGCGAUCAGAUGAGGCAAAAUAAGGGAACAAGACCUAUGUGGGAGGAUUAUGGCUUCAAGAGGUUCUGCUUCAGUCCUGUCUGACGCGCUGUGAUGGGCGUUCUUUUCUUCCCCUUGUCCUUUUAUGCGUGUUCUCCUUCCUUUUCCUUAUUAUCUAUUUACCAUCCCGAAUGCCCAGAUAAAUCAGGUGGCGACGGUAAUGACAGUGCAACUAACAUGUCUACAGUGUUCAAAAUACUAUGCUUGUAGAAAAGGUGCGUCAAGAGUGGUAUUUUUAUGAAACAUAAGCAAUGUUUUCUUCAUGUUGACUUAACGCUUUUCUAGACCAUAGUGUUUCAAAUUAUCCAAGAUUUAUAAGGGUUAGACACUUUUUCCAGGUGCCCCGGAUGUAUUUCGGAAAACAUGUUUCUAAGUAGUGGAGUGAACUGUGAUAUUUUAUAAAUGCUGAAUGGCUAAUCACCAAGCAUAAUAAUUACUCUUAGCAACACUUAUACUCAUAAUUAUUAUUACCAUUGCCAAUGGUAAUUUCCCUGCAAUAUAUGUUUUUUAUCUGUAAAAAAAAAAACUUUGCAAUUGUGAUAUUUUGGUCGAAUAGGCAUUUUUUAACUGAUAUUUUCUCUGAAGGUAACAUUAUAUGCGAAAUACAAUAGUUAUGUAAUAAAGAUUUAUCAAAUUACAAAUUG